AAAAACAAUAUUGUCAAAUACUAGAAGCCCUCAACUGCAUUUAUCUUAUCAGUUUCAUCAUCCUCUGUUAUUGUCUUCCUUCCCCACAAGCUCUUUAAAACGUUCAAAAUCCAUCUCAUUUUCUUCCAACAGGCAUCCCCACAUGCAAUCAAUCAGCUGACGCAAAGUCAAAUUUGAAGAAUUUACAAAAAAAAAAAAAAAAAAAAAAAAAAAAAAAGAAAAAAAAAGAAACUUACUCUAGUCUAAUUUGGUGUACCAUCUGUAACUUCCUGAUCACUUCCCACUUGGAGCUAUAUAUACAGAUUCUGUAUCUAAAGUUGUGUUACUAAAUUCAAAGAUUUGAUGUGCAAUCGUUUAUGCAUUCUGGUUCAGUCGGUGCUAUUAAGUUGAGCAGUGGUAAUAAUAAUAAUAAUCGGAAAUCUAAAGUGAAGUUAAGUCAUCGGAGUAAGAGUAUGGGUCCACCGCCGGCAACGACGUCGUCUCAACCGAAGGUUGUCACUGGUGAUCAUGGGUAUAUACUUGAAGAUGUUCCUCAUUUGACUGAUUAUAUCCCUCAUCUUCCGACUUAUCCUAAUCCACUACAAGAUAAUCCUGCAUACGCGGUUGUUAAGCAGUAUUUUGUUGACAUGGAUGACACCGUUGCUCAACAGAUUGUUGUUCAUGCUAAUAGUCCUAGAGGUACACAUUUUCGACGUGCAGGACCCCGUCAAAAGGUGUACUUUAAGUCAGAAGAUGUUCAUGCUUGUAUAGUGACGUGUGGGGGGCUAUGCCCCGGUCUCAACACUGUGAUUAGAGAAAUAGUUGCUAGUUUACACGAUAUGUAUGGUGUUACAAGAAUCGAAGGGAUUGAAGGUGGAUACAGAGGUUUCUACUCGCGAAAUACAAUUCAAUUAACACCUAAAAAGGUAAACGGUAUUCAUAAACGAGGUGGGACCAUCAUUGGGACAUCACGCGGUGGCUAUGAUAAUAACAAAAUAGUAAGUAGUAUUCAAGAUCGGGGAAUCAAUCAGGUGUAUAUAAUAGGAGGAGACGGAACACAAAAAGGGGCGUCUGCUAUCUACGAGGAAGUUAGAAGGAGGGGUCUUCAAGUUGCAGUUGUCGGGAUUCCAAAAACUAUUGAUAACGACAUUCCGGUUAUUGAUAAGUCAUUUGGAUUUGAUACCGCUGUUGAGGAAGCUCAACGUGCUAUUGAUGCAGCACAUGUUGAGGCAGAGAGUAAUGAGAACUGUAUCGGGCUUGUUAAGUUAAUGGGUCGAAAUAGUGGGUUUAUUGCAAUGUAUGCAACUCUUGCAAGCCGAGAUGUCGAUUGCUGUUUGAUUCCCGAGUCGCCUUUCUAUCUUGAAGGACCAGGGGGUCUUUUUGAAUACAUAGAAAAAAGAAUAAAAGAAAACGGGCAUAUGGUAAUUGUUGUGGCAGAAGGUGCGGGUCAAGAUCUUGUUGCCGAGAGCUUAAGAACCAACGAUAACAAGGAUGCCUCUGGAAACAAGCUUUUAAACGAUGUUGGAUUAUGGUUAUCUCAAAAGAUCAAGGAUCAUUUUAAAAAGCAUCCAGAAAUGGAGUUCAACCUUAAAUACAUAGAUCCUACAUACAUGAUUCGAGCUGUUCCAAGCAACGCAUCAGAUAACGUUUACAGCACUCUUCUAGCUCAAAGUGCGGUUCAUGGAGCCAUGGCUGGCCACACCGGCUUCAUCGUGGGACCUGUUCAUGGUAGAGAAUGUUACCUACCAUUUUAUAGAAUAACAGAGAAGCAAAACAAGGUUGUGAUAACCGACAGGAUGUGGGCCCGAAUGUUGUCUUCAACAAAUCAACCGAGUUUUUUGAGCACGAAAGAUAUCAUCGAGUCGAUUAUGGAUGAAGCGCCGCCUACGCAGUUGCUAGAUGACCAGGGAGCGCAGAACGGUUCGGUGGCCAAGGAAACUACUGUUUGCUGACUGGUUGCAAAGGCGGACUUUACAUUCCAGUUGCGAGAAUUGAAUAAGAGUGUUGGAUCAGUUGAGUACAUAUAUAUGCGAUAAUAAGAGGAUGUGGAUCGUACAGUUUUAUGGUCUCCAGACGACGAGAUGCAUUUUUUUGUUAGUUGUUUGACAAGACUUGUGCUUGAAUAAGAAAACUGCUAAACUUUUUAACGGGUUAAUGGGUUUAUAAGACUUGUGGAAUAAUAAUAAUACUGCUUACCUCAACGGGGCGAAUGGGUUGAUUUUAUAGAUGUAGUAUGUCAAAUAGUCGUAACCCAAGAAUUGCGACGAGUUUUAAGGUAAACUAGAUUUUUGACGCUUUGACUUUGUUACACGCGUUACGAUUAUGACAUUAAUGUAGCAUGAGGUGA